CUGGACCAGCAGGUUGGAGGAAGUGCAGCAGGAUCGGACCUAAGGGUCGGACGGAUCCAGCUGCUUUUUAAUGUUUGACACCAAAAAAAGUGUGAAAGCAUUACGUUCUUGAAUGUAUUUAAUGUUUACCCCCGUCUCUGGUCUGUUACGAUGGUCGCCGUGUCUACCAGGUUUGUCUUGCCUAAAUGUGAACUGAAGCUGCACCUCCUCCCAACAUGUUGACGCCAAAGAAUCCCAGCCUGUCAUACAUAUAUCUGACAGUCCUGCUGCUUGGUGGCGGGACAGCAGAUGGAGCUCACAAUGGGUCAGAGACGGUGUCCUCCGAGCAUCUGGCCAGCAUCCCCUCCAGUAGGAGCAUGGUGGUGAAGGAGGGCUCCGACACGCUCAUCGAAUGUAAUGUGACUGGCGUCCAUUCUGAAAUCAAGUGGUACAACUCCAAAGGAUAUGUGGUGGAAGUUGGAGCAGAUGGAAAGUGGAACAUCGAAGAGAACGGCACCCUCAACAUCACUCAUGUCUCCUUUGGGGACCGUGGCCGCUACACUUGUGUCGCCUCCGGCGGUACAAAUCUGACCAAAAACUACACAGUCACUCUGCGUGUUGCCCACACUGACAGUGGCCUGGGGAUAUACUUCGUCAUCGUGUGUCUAGUGGCCUUCACCAUCACCAUGAUCCUCAACGUGGCGCGUUUCUGCAUGGUCACCAGCCACCUGAAGGAGACGGAGAAAGCCAUCAAUGAGUUCUUUCGCACAGAGGGCACGGAGAAGCUGCAGAAAGCCUUCGAAGUCGCCAAGCGCAUCCCCAUCAUCACUUCGGCCAAGACGCUGGAGCUUGCCAAAGUCACGCAGUUCAAGACCAUGGAGUUUGCCCGCCACAUGGAGGAGCUGGCACGUAGCAUCCCCCUGCCGCCGCUCAUCCUAAACUGCAGAAUGCAAACGGAGGGGGACAUUAACCCCGUAGCCGGCGCCGGAGACCCGGUGGCUGCGUCUGGGAACAUGCAGGCUAUAGGCUCCCCCUGCUCCGUUAGAUGUGAAGACGAGACAGAAAUGUGUCAGGCAAUGCUCAACAGUGAAAAAGGAGGAAAUGAUGGAGGCAGCAAUGCCGUCAAAAUGUCAGUGCACAUGGAGAGGGUCAGUGGUGAGGAUGACAUGUCGGUAACAAGAGUGUCUUACAAGAGCAGCAUAUAACAGGGCUUAUUAAGAAUACCAGAUGCAAACUUGUGCAUUGAAAGGUGUCUAAAUAGAGGGAUGUUUCUCAUGUACCAUAUAGCAAUGAUGAUUUAUCUUAUUCUUAAGAGGUGAGAGCUGAUGUGAAAGAAUAUGACCCUUACUGUUUGUCUGUAAAGAAGAUUGCAGACGUACUCCAGCUAUGAAUUUAGGCCACGUCUUCUGUACUCAGACAGUAAUGACUUGCUGGUUUCAUAACUACCUUUCCGCACAUAGGAGUCCAUAACUCUCUGACAGAUAUCAUUUACUGUGCUUUAUCUUUGAUCUCUUUGUUUUCCACGGAAAAAAAUAAUGUAACGGAAUGUCACUUUCAUCAUCUUGAUUAUUUUUCAUGCCAUUGUCUGACAGUGAGAGAUUCUCUCAGAUUCAACUGUGAGUUUACACGUCUGUUUACAUAAGUCUGUUUUAAAUGAGACAGCGGGAAAUGGUAUCAUAAGCUUUGCUUUGAAGUGGCAACUUUCAUUAAACAAGUAAGCAUUUGAAUGAAAGUGCUCGUGAAACAGAAUAUUAUAGGGAUGCAUUUGGAAAAAGUUGCUUUGACAUGUUACUCUUAUUAAUAAGCUGAAAAAUUAUCAAACUGAAUGUUUUUCAGGUUGGACCUUCAAAGUGUGCACUUUUUCAAGGAAAAUAACACAUAAGUUGCUCAUAAGCACACCGGUAUAAUCUAUUUUGUUGUGUCUAGGAAAGUUUUAACACUGUUUUAACUAAAAAAAAAUGUUUUUGACAUCACAUUUUGUGAAAUAAAAGUCCAAUAAAGUUUGCAAAACCUGCUUCUAUAGAAUCUGUUAAAUUACGCCCUGGAAAAACAAGUUACGG